AUGGCCAGAGUGGCCGCCCCGGGAUUGCUGGUAGCAUCCCCCUGCCGUCCGGCCGUUACCGGAGCACUGGAGGAAGUCUCCUUGUGCAUGCGUACGCAUGAGCAGCUGUUAAGUUUCAAGUGCGCUCGAUCAUCCGCUCCGUAUCUGCUCCAGGCCGGGGUGGUCUUGCGAAGUGCAUUUUCUUUGGGAGCGAGGGCUGCGUGUUGUGCCCAGUGUGUUGGAAUGGCUCGCAGCAUCCAGAUGUUUUCCGAUCGAGCCGAUAGAGCCUGGGCCAGGCUGCCCAGUCAGUCUGUACAGCUCCCUUGGGAGGUCAGUUUCCAGUCGUGUUUGGAGCUUCCCCUCUCACUCAAUUUUGAGCGCCCCACAAGAGUCCGCGUGCCGGAAAGGAGCGUGGUCCCCGUAGAGACCAAGAAGCCGCGCGUCGACGGCUCGUCGGUGCUGUCAGUGGCAGUGAAGGUCUCCGCCAAGCCUUGGCACGAAGAUGACCGACGUGGAGCAGCGCUGUUCCAGCUCCAGGCCAUCGUGGAAGGAUGGCCAGAUGCCUUUGGUAUUGUCGCGCUCUGCCGUGCAGACGCAAAUGGCACGCUGGACUUGGACGAGCUGUCGUACAGCAUAGCCAGCGCCUGUGCGCACAAGGCCACCGGAACAAUAGUCCGCAGACUUUCUUCCCUUAACCAUUUCGUGACGUGGGCCGACUCCGUUCAAGCUUCGCCCUUCCCAGUGACGGAGAGAGUCUCCUGGAUGUACCUCACCCACUUGGACCGUUCCGAGGCGCCGUGGUCGAAACCCGGCGGGUUCACUCAGUGCGUCAACUGGUGUCGAGGCGUCCUCGGUCUGAAAGUCGAGGACUACAUGACCUCGAGCCCUCGCGUCGUGGGCCUUUGCAAAGGCUUCGAGGCCAAGGCCCCUCCGCCCCGCCGGGCGCCUGCUCUGGCUGUGGAAGAAGUCAAGUUCCUCGAGGGUGCCGCGGCCUUCGCUGACAAUGCGCCCGACUGCGUCAUUGCGGGUGCGCUAUUGUUUAUGAUGUUCAGCUGCGCCAGAGCCAGCGAUGCGGCCAGGAUGGUAACUCUUGAGGUCGACUUUUCCGACCCAGACGAGUCCACCGUGUGGAUAGAGGGCUCCGUCUCCAAAAGCAAGACGGCCAUGGGGGCCAGAGCACGCCUGUUGUUACCACUUCUGGCGCCGUGCGUUUACCUGGAGACUCCGUGGAUCCCACAGUGGCUGGAGGCGCGUGUCUCCCUCGGCCUUUCGGUCAAAGGAGCUAUCGAUAAGGGUUCUCUGAUCCCGCACUUCGGGGAAGAUGGCGUCCCUACCGGAAACGCCAUGUCCUCGCAGCAGAUCACCAAGUGGCUGCGAGGCAUCCUGGCAGAGGUCUCCCCGGACUCUUCCCGUCUCUCCAGCCACAGCCUGAAAGCCACGGGCCUGACGUGGGCCGCGUCGGCCGGUGUCGCCCUGGACACGCGGCGCUUGUUAGCACACCAUGUGCAUGAUAGUGCGCGUAGCACGGAGACCUACAGCCGAGACGUUCUCGCGCCAGCUGCGCGCAUUUUCGAGGAAGUCCUCCUUGCCAUCCGUGAUGGCGACUUCGUUCCUGACAACCCGCGUGGGAGUCAAAUCAGGACUAGGCAGCGUGUUUUGGCCUUCAACAAACCAGAUCCAGUCGUGCCGGAGGGAGCUCUGCGUCGGAGUUCAAAUGUUCCUCCCGACCUGGACAACGAGGUCUCAGCAGCUGCGUCGGCCGAGCAGCCGGCGCCCGCGCCCGAGCACAUGACUGAUACCACAGAUAGCGAGUCGGACCGACUCAGCGAGGAGGACAUGCCGACAGACCCCCCUUUGCCCGGGAACCGUGCUCGCCGAGAGGCAGUGGCAGCUCUGCCACCGUGGUGCCAGUCCUUUAUGCACGCUGUCAGUGGCUGCCUCCACGUUCAAGGGGUCGAGAUGCGGAAUCGUCUUCUUUGUGGGCGUACGUUGUCUGACAGGCCAUGGUUUCCCUCGUUGACAGCAAGCUUGCUCGGGAGCGACCCUUUCAAAAAUCUGGUAAAGGAGAACGUGGAGUCCUUUGCCGCCCUUGCGUUCUCUGUGGCCGAUCAGCCCAACCAUAUUGACGAUAGCAAGCUGGAAGAUCUGGCGAAAAAUAUAUUUCCGGCGCCCGGGCCCACGUUGGGCCACGCGGGAGCUUUGCGACGUCUCGCCUUUGAAGGCUUGGCCUUUAGCCUGCAGGAUUUGAAGGAUCGGGGCGACCCCGAGGCAUCCAGCAAGAAGUACUUGCCCAGCCACGAGAGAGAACACAAGAGGAAAGAGCAAGUUGCUCGCCUCACUGGGGUCCUCCUGGAAGGUGACUUGGAGCCUUCCAACGGUCUCGUAGACCGCGCGGCGGCUAUGUUGCACGACGGCCUCGUGCGUUACAUUCCGCCGUCCGCGUGCGUGAGUCGCGACGCGGAGGUCGCCGCCGUGCGGCGAGACAAGGAGUUCUUUGCCAUCGAGAAUGGCGAGCUUACCCUGAAGAAGAAGGACAACGUGUUCAAUGCGGACGUGGCAACCGACUUCAAGCUGCAGCAGGCUUUCACCAGGAGAGGUGUGGCCCUAGACCGCGUCGGUCUGGUCUCCUUCAACGUGCACGAGCGUCUCGUGCGUAACUACUUUUUCCUGGCGAGCCGGGCCGCCCCGCCUGGCUACGCCAAGCCCGGUGUAGGCGCAAUUAUCAAGGCCGACAAAGAGCUCUGGACGCUGUUGUCCCGAGAGUGUCGUGACGGGUGCAAGCCCAACGCAGCAGGCGUGGCUCCUUUGGACGCCUUAAUUGCAGCCAAGCAGAACGAUACGUGCGUCACGUUUAGCCUCUUCCCCCUGCCACAAGCAGAUGGUCGGGGCCGCGAGUGGACGAAGGGCAGAGGCGCUGGCAAAGGCAGACGUUACUGCUAUGGAUUCAACCUGGAGGAGGGCUGUGACCUCCCGGCGUCCGGGACCACGCGGCAGGGAACUGCCCGGCAAACAAGAAGCUCCCAGCCGGUAGUCCAAAUGCGCGAGGCCUCGUCAGGCCCGGGUCAGCCGCCCGCUUCCUCCUUCCUUUCCUCUCCUGGAAAGGGAGGGCCGCGUUGCGAUGAUGUUACGGGCCGUGCCCGUUGUGAGGACGCUCCGCCUCCACUUGUGGGGUCAUCGUCCUCGCCUGUGGACUGCCAGCCCGGCAACAGCGAUAGGGGCGUCCCUUUGUUUGUGGAAGUCUUCUGCGGCUUGGGACGUUUGAGUAAAGCCGCCAAGGAUUUAGGCUUCCACACCGUGAGCAUUGACAAAGUUUGCAAGGCUCAAGGUGUGAAGGUCCUGCAAUUGGACCUCUCCAGGAAAGAAGGGCGUUCCCUUCUCAAAGAUGUCCUGGACCGGCCAGGCCUGAUUUGGCUUUUCCCUGGUUUGAGUGGGCUCGUGGCCAGUUCUCACGUUGUCACACUGCAUGCGUGCAUGUUUGGCAGUACCCCGCGGAAGAGCACCACGUUGGUGUCGAACCGCUCCUGGUUUCGCCGGACAGCCGUGCUGUGCUCUGGGGACCAUGCCCACGAGUCAUGGGGUCAGGUCACGCACCAAGGAGAGCGUGUUUGGUCGACCUCUCUUGAGAGUGCCUACACGCCCCAGCUGGCCAAGGCGUGGGCGUCCUGCGCCGGGGCGGCUGUCAAGGACGUCCUGGAAAAAGCCCCCGUGGGGCGGAAGCGCGCAUUCAAGGCGCUGUGCGAGCCGGACUUUACGGUUAAGGUUAUCCUGAAGGGCGACGACGCCGCACGCUUCUUCGGCUUUUUCCCGCCAUGCAAGGUUCCGCGCAACUGGGACCACUGGCCUAAAGGGUCCAAACUCCUGGAGAUCGACCGCGAGGGUGCGACCGCGUCGGUCGCCAUCCCUUGCUCGCCGGAAACCUGGUGCAGACAGGCCUUAGAGCUACCCAGCCCGCGUAGGGCGCGCUGUGUUCUCCCUCCCGAGAUGCUCGUGGCUCUCGCGGCCGAUGCCGCCGAGGACACUAUCAAGAUUGCAAAGUCGCGUACGGAGGCGUCCCGUCUCGACCCCGAAGUCAACCACGUCACCUCCAGCAAGAUGUCUGUGGCUCUGGAACUGUUGUUGCGCGAAGUGGGUCACGUCGACCCGGAAGUCGCGGAGUCGGUUAGGGUAGGCUUUCCCCUCGUGAAUUGGCUCCCCGUUUCGGGUUUGUGGGAUGCCGACGUUCGGCCCCCCGAACUUACGGCCUCCGGUCUCCAAUGUAUGUCCGGAGAAAUUUCUCAACGCUGCGUCAAAGGCCUCUGCCGGUACCGUGACCGAGCAACCGAGCGUGCAGUGUGGGCCGUGACCCGUGAAGAACAGGCCAGUGGAUGGCUGUCGUUCUGCAGCCGUGAAGACCUUUCCGCUCUGGCGGUGGUCUCCCCCAGGUUUGGAGUCUUCCAGAAAAAAAAAGUGAGGCCAAUCGAUAACUUUAAAGCCAGCCUGGUCAACUCAGCCUGUGGCGUGCAGGAGAAGGUUCAGAUGGACGGGAUCGACGAGAUAGUCGAGGCCUGCCUGUCCUGGCUUCGUUUUCGUCUGCCGGGGAGCCCCCCUGAGCGCAUCCUCGGUCGUACCUGGGAUCUCAAGAGCGCUUAUAAGCAGCUCGCCGUGCGAGCAGACCACAAGCAUUUCGCCAUCAUCUGCGUCAUGGACCCUCAGGCUGACGUUGUCCAAUACUGCCGCCUGCACAGCCUGCCCUUUGGGGCAGUUGCAGCCGUGCAUGCUUUCCUGCGCUGCAGCGAAGCGUUAAAAGCCAUAGCAAGGAAAAAGUUUUUCAUAGCUAUGACCUCCUUUUUCGACGACUUUACGGUUCUGACGUCUGCAGCAAACGCGGCCCACGUUGAGGUCGUUGUCUCCUCAAUGUUCAAGAAACUGGGCUGGCGCGUAGCCACGGAGGAGAAGAAGAAUCGCCCCUUCUCCGAGGUUUUCGAUGUUCUCGGCGUCCGAGUGGACCUGUCCCACCAGUCCGUGGGCGUGGUACAGGUCAGCAACACGCCUCAGCGCGUAGCUGAGCUUAAGGACACAGUAGCGGAGAUUAAACAGAAGGGUUCACUUACGUUCGAAGAAGCGCAACGUCUGCGCGGGCGCCUAGUGUUCGCGGAACAACACGUAUGGGGGCGUAACGCCAAACAGGCAGUGGUGGCUGUCGGGGACGUUUCCCCGGCAUCCGAAGCCUCGCAUCCUCUGACUGACGUCCAGCGAGCAGCUCUGGACUUUAUCGAGCAGCGCGUCCUGGACGGGCGUCCUCGGUCGUUCUCAAUCCAACCGUCCAGAACGUUCCACCUUUGGCUGGACGGGGCAUGCGAGUGGGAUGAGCCAAACUCGUUUCCCACGUGUGGCUUUGGGGGUGUCCUAUGGCUGGAUGGCGUGCCUUUAUCCUGGGGAGACACCCUGGACCCCGCCGCGGCGAAAGAAUGGGCACGCCGCGUCGGCAAAAAGCAGCUAGUUUUCGAGUGCGAAUUGUUGCCAUACUUCAUAUCGCUGCAGCUGUGGGGACGUUCCCUCCGAAACAGUGACCUCCUCGUUUUCAUCGAUAACGAUGCCGCUAGAGCGUCCCUAGCCCGCAGCUUCACACGGAAAGAAGAGGGUGCAGCCAUAGUGUUUCAGGCCGUGGAAGAGGAGGAACGUCUCAACAUCAAUGCUUGCUUCUUGAGGGUGCCCACCUCCAGCAACAUUGCAGACGGGCCAAGUAAGCCCCCGGCUCAAGUCGUUUUCGUGUGCUCGUCUUAG